AUGGUUGAAAAUGGGUGCAAUUGACUACAGCGAUCGAUUUGCAUAGGUGAUAGAGACACAGAUAGUGUUCUGAGAUUGAGAGGCAUACACGAUGAUGAAGCUUUUCGAUGCACACUGUCACCUGCAGGACCCAAGAAUCAUUAGCAAGGCACCACAACUCAUAAAAACUGCACAAGACACUGGGGUUGUGGGUUUCGCCGUGAAUGGAGUUUGCGAACAAGAUUGGCACUUGGUGCAGAACUUGGCUCAAACCCACCCUUGUGUCAUUCCUUGCUUCGGUCUUCACCCCUGGUUCGUUGCAGAAAGAAGUCCCAAUUGGUUUAAAACGUUGAGAGAAUUUUUUGAUUCCACACCCUCUGCUGCAGUUGGAGAGAUUGGCUUGGACAAAGGAUCACAUGGAAGGAAGAUUGAUUUUUCUGAGCAGGUUGAAGUAUUGAGGCAACAGCUUGAACUUGCAAAAGAGUUAAAUAAGCCAGCAUCUGUUCACUGUGUUCGUGCUUUUGGUGACCUUCUUGAGCUAAUGAGGUCUAUCGGGCCUUUUCCUGCUGGUGUUAUUCUUCAUUCUUACCUAGGUUCUGCAGAGAUGGUUCCUGAAUUUUCCAAGCUUGGUGCUUAUUUUUCCUUCUCUGGGUUUCUUAUGUCACUAAAAGAAAAUAAGGCAAAGAAAAUGUUGAAGAAGGUCUCUUCUGAUAGGAUUUUGUUGGAGACAGAUGCACCUGAUGCACUACCAACAUCAAGCAUAGAUUCUCUUUAUUUUGUUGAAGGAGAUAUUUCUCUUCCUGAAGAGCUUCAUGGCCGAAGAACAACUUCAUCCUCAACUUCUGGUUCUUCCCUUGAUAACUCAUCCCAUGUUCUGACAGAUGCAUCGAUGCUGCCAAAGGAAACGCUCAAUCAUCCAGCAAACAUUCAUAAUGUACUUGAUUAUGUUGCAUCUUUGCUAGAGAUUACGAAAGAAGAACUUGCUGAAUCAAGUUACCAGAAUGCAGUCCGGUUAUUCUCCUAUGAAGGUUCAAAGGUGCUUCAAAAGUAAAUAAAUUAACAGGUUCUUGUGAGAAAUGAUUCCUAGCUUGGCAAAGUUUUCAGGGAGUACCUAGUAAAAUUUUAUCAAAGUACAAGGAGAUAGAUUACAGGAACAAAUUGUCAAAAUGUAAGUAGGAUAUAAAUAAUAGUUUAGUAUGUUUGCCUGCCAAAAUUUAUUACAUUCAAUAUUUCUAAAUUGGAAGAGGCAAGGUGUCUGAAUAAUGCAUCUAUUUCUAAACAUGAAAGCUACUAACUACAAAUAUGACUAGAGCAAGGAGAUUAGUAACAUAAUUAUCAGGUGACAUCUUUCUUUAUGAAGUGUAUUUGGUGAAAUCCCAAGUUUGUACAGUGCAAGUGGCAGCAUUCCAGCAACAUCCACUGAAUAAUAUGCGAAUAACUUCACUCUUUUAUUCGUUUCGCGAUACAUUUGAAGUCAACAUAGGCUCCUAUCCUUUGCCU